AAUAUCGGCUUUUGGCACCCGAUGCGGCUUAGGCCCUGCCCUCACAGCCCGCCCAAGCGACGGACAUCAUUUUAGACAACCCUGCGAGCCCCAUUGAUGAUUGGGCCUGCGGAAGGCUGCAACAUGCUAUUCAUAGGGUCGCGAGAGUGUGUAUAUAAGAUGCUGUUCGCGACGUCUCGUCUUUUGUUUUGCCAGAUACAAUACAACGCCUUGCGAUAAGCAGUCCUCCAGCCAUCCACACCUUCCGCGAGUCGAGACAACGACAUACUUCAUCUUCGCAAAUCAACACAAACCACAUACUCUUGGCAUUUAAAUACCAGCAGCCUUCAGCCAGUCCCUCGCAACAGUCGUCAACAUGCUGAACGAAAGAAUGUCGCUCGGCAUCGCCAUUACGGCGUUCUACGCCCCCGCCGUUCCGCUCGCCAUCUACAACUUUUGGCGCAAUCGAAGUGUGCGCCCGCGCAUGGCGUGGUCACCAAUGAUCCUCUUCACCCUCAUGCGCCUCGCCAGCGGCAUCAUAACCAUCCUCCUCUGGCAGCACCCGUCCAACCUCAACACAGGCCUCAUCAUCGCCGACCUCGUGCUCCUCAACAUCGGCGUCGUGACCUUCAUCGUCGCCGGCAUUGGGCAGGUGCGCAUCGUGCUCAUCGACAACUACAGCCAUCAUCCCAUUUCGAACAAGAUCGGGUCUGCGCUGCGGGCUUCGUACGUGAUCGCAGUCGCGCUGCUGGCUGCGGGCGGCGGGCUCGUCACCAGCGAUGGCAAGAUCGCGAGGAUUCUGGGCCUGGUGGGGUAUGCCAUUCUCGCCGUGGAGCUGGCCGUGUUGAUUGGGAUGGAAGUCUGCUUUUUCAUGCGGAGGCACGAAUUGUUGCAGACGAGCCGCAAGGUCAUCCUCGCCUCCUUCGCCAUCGCGCCCUUCCUCAUCGUCCGCGUGGCCUACGGCUUCCUCGACGUCGCCCACGAGCUCGACUUCACGUCCAAAUGGAGCCCGCUGUUUGGCAACAUCUACGCUUUCGCGUUCAUGUGCUUGUUCAUGGAAUACGUCAUCCUCUGCAUCUACCUGUGGCUGGGAUUCAGCAUCACGUCGGAGCGGAGGGACGCGCAGAGGCGGUCCGCACUGGCGACUGGGGAUGCGCCGAAAGUGUAGGGAAUUUGAACCUAGGGGUGUUUGCUCUGAAAAUGCUUUUUCUGGUUGAGCGCUAGCGCUGGCUGUUGCGACUAUCGUU